CGAUGAAGAAAGCAAAAUUGUACAUAACUACAUACACUCCUCAAGUACGGGAAUCCAUUCUGUGUAAUUCUGUAUCGCACUGCGUAUAGAGAGGUGAGUUGGGGGAGAGGUGGAGAGCUUCGAAGCAAGUGCAUAGACAGUACGACGCCUGGUACAAAAACAGUUGCGCUUCUUAUCCGCCAUAGCUGGACGGAAUUUCCUUGUUCGGAAAUCAAUUUGGGACAGAUCUUCUGCGGCGUAAUUUCCUUAUCAGUUUGCAUCGUUUGGUACGCCGUCGAAGUUUCAGUUUGAUAUACGGCGCGAAUUCGUGGACUGAGGAGACUACCUGGGAUGCCUCGGAGCAGGACUUGAAGCAUUUCGGUCCACGUAUUUGCCUGCGUUGAAUCGAGUACAGGAGAGAUGAAUUACGUGAAUUUAUGCUAAUCUCUGUCCAUUUCGAGAAGGGGGAGGCAUGGAUGUUUAAUCGAUUGUACCAUUGGCCUUGCCGACGAUGUUUCAGCGAAAGGAGCAAACUCCCCUUGAGCUGUGCAUUGUGACUUACACUCUCUCACAAUUCAAGGCACGCCUAUAUAUGUUUAUCUCUUUGAUCCAAUUCCUAAAUACGAUUACAUAUGUAUAGAUGGAUGAAUAGAUAGAAAUUGUGGAUAGCUAGACAGGCAGAUGAAAAAAGUGGAAUAGAUUAAAACUACUCUAUUCCAUAUUGACUAUUUGUUGAGUAGAGAGAUGACAAGAAUGCCAUGUAUAUGUACUGAGGCAAGGGAGGAAAACAUAGGUCCAAUACGAAUGGCACAUAAUCAAUUUCCCUUUCCUUGGCCACAGAUUUAUGACAAGAUGAGUUUCUAUUCAUCUUUCCUUAUAAAUUAAUUUUAAUAAAUCUUCUGUUUUAGAAUUUCUAUAUUAGUCUCAUUAUUUUUAUGCCCCUUUUAGUUGUCAAAUUAAAAUUUAAUAUCAUGUGGAAAUUGACAGGGAAAGAGUACCGGGUGUCUUGGACAGACACGAGCAUUUGAAUUCAUUUCUUAGAUGGAACUGAUUACAUAUCUGGGUCUUGCGAGGAAAGUAUCGAAUGCAAGAGCCUCUUGACGAACGGAUCUGUGACAAUCAGACUACUAUAGCAAGAUAAUAAUUGGCCAGUCUACCAUGGGGUCGAAAGUUGACGAAUUAUCUGGAGAAACCUGUGUAGAAAAUGCCUCGAGUUUCUCUGGCAAUGAUGUUUUGCCUGCCAGCAAGAGCAAAAAAGAUUUUGCAUUGGAGCCUAAGAUGGAGGUUUCUGAAUCUCUAGAAGACCAUGUUGCUAGCCUUGCAGAUAAGGAAGGUAUAGACAAGGUUGUGGGCACUACAGGGCUAGAUCUGAUUGCAUCACAAAUCCAUCAAAUGGAAGAGAGUGAUGACUCUGAAAUUGUGGAGGUUGAUGUCAAAGUUUGUGAUAUAUGUGGGGACGUAGGACGAGAGUAUUUACUUGCCAUAUGUUCUAGGUGUACUGAUGGAGCUGAACAUACUUAUUGCAUGCAAAAAAUGCUCGAGAAAAUUCCGGAGGGUGAUUGGCUGUGUGAGGAAUGUAAAUUCGACCAAGAGAUGAAGAAUAAGCAUGCUAACAGUGGUAGGGUCAAUGAGAAGGAAAAGACUUCGCCAUCUAGAAGGGCAAUCAUUGCUAAGUCUGAUCAUCCUUUAAAGAUGGAGCAAAAAACUUCUGAUUUUUGGGGAGACAAAGCUAUUGAAGAACGUUCUUAUCUGAAAACAUCUGGCAAGAGAUGCACAGACGAUAGUGAAGUUUCUUCUCCGACAAAAAGGCAGCGUCUUGAGUUGCGCUCACCAACGGCACAAAUCCCCAAUAGGGUCACUUCACUUUCUCGUGAAAGUUCAUUUAAGAACUUAGAGAAGAAGAAGGUUAAACUUGUAAACCAACUUUCAUAUGGCAGUGACUUUUCUUCUGCAACAAUGAAGCGAGCUCUUGAACCAAUUUUGGGUUCACCAAAGGCACAGAUGCAGACAAAGGUUCCUUCACUUCACCGUGAAAGUUCAUUUAAGAAUUUAGAGAAGGGAAAAGUUAAACUUGUAAAUCCACUGCCAAAUGAAAGUGGGGUUUCCUCUGUGGCAAAGAAACGAGCUCUUGAACCAAUUUUGUGCUCACCAAAGGCAAAAAUCCCCAAUAGGGUUGCUUCACUUUCUCAUGAAAGUUCAUUUAAGAACUUAGAGAGGGGGAAAGUGAAACCUUUAAAUCCUUUUUCUUCUGGUUCUUUUGCAGCUAAGGUCCCUUCUUCUACAGCCCCCCAGCCACAACCUCCUCGAGGUAUUUUCUCAAAGUCCAAUUCAUUCAGCUCCUCGAGUGCCAAACCAAAGGUCAAACUUGUGGAUCAAGUUUCUCCUGUGAAGCAGAAAUCAGUUAGGGAAACAGCUUUUAUCAAUUCAAAGGAGGGAGCAGUUAGAUCAUUGGGAAAAUCCAUGUCUUUUAAGCCACCAAAGUCAACCCAAUUAAAUGAUGUCGAAUCAAAAGUCAAAAUGUUAUCUCCAAGGUCUUCUCAUGAUCGGGAUAUGGAAGGGCCAAAAAAGGUCAAAGAUAAAAGUUUAUGUGAAAAUUCUCUAAGAUCAGAACACACCAGUUGUGUUGCCAUAUCUUCAUCCAGGAGUGAUAAAAAGUCAUCACCUCAUGGUGAUCCCUCCUUACAAUCUACUGUGAAGGUUACUGAUUCAAAGUUGCCAGGUGAAACUAAGAAGCAAGCAUCACAUGUCGAUGGAGCUUCAGUGGCUAAUAGAUUUAAAAAUAAUGAAGAAAAGCCUAAUCAAAUUAGUACAAAGGGGGAUUCCUCUUCAAGUUCUUAUAUUGCUGUGAGAACUGUAUGUAGUAGUGAAAAAGUUGUACAGGAUGGAUUGUCUCAGCCCAUGGAAUCAAAAGAGUGUGGCCAGAGAGCAAGGGAGAAUUCUGGGAGUCACUCAAGACAGGCGAGUACUGCCAGUGGAAAAAAUGUUUCUUGCCAGAAAGGUAAAGGAAGUGGUCAUGCGGUGCAAUUUAGCACAGUUAAUGGAACUGAAUUGUCUUUAGAUGCGCCUGCUGUAAAGAAUUCAGGAGAGGUCACAAAUUGGUCUGGUGAUGUAAAAGCUGCAAUUGAGGCAGCAAUGCUCAAGAAACCUGGAAAGUUUUGGAAGAACAAAGUCUCUGACCGUAUUAAAGACUUGUUGGCAUUGAACAAGAAUAAUGAUAUCUCUUUUCCGGACCAAUUACCUAGCCCAAGCUACAGAAGAAAUAUGAAGUGUUCCAAAGAGACACAUGAAGAGCUUAAGAGAUUGCAACAAUCAACUGCCUGCUCUUCCAAACAGGAGACCAAGAACAAUGCAGAGCAGUUGAUAUUGCAUUCUGCUGAAGUUCCUAUAGGAACUGGAGAUGCAGGUCCUGAGGCCCCUUCUGAUGGAAAAUCUUCUAGAAUUAAUGUACAAUCCCAUUCUCCAGUAGAAAAAGCACUUCUGAAAGCAACCAUCCCAGAACAUCAGUACAUAUGGCAAGGAGGUUUUGAGAUUCACAGGAGCGGGAAAACCCUUAUUCUAUGUGAUGGAAUUCAGGCUCAUUUAUCAACACGUGCAUCACCUAAAGUUUUAGAUGCUGCUAACAAAUUCCCUCAGAAGCUCAUGCUUAAUGAAAUUUCACGUUUGAGUUACUGGCCAAUACAGUUCCAGGAGUGUGGCGUUAGGGAGGAUAACAUAGCACUCUUUUUCUUCCCUGUGGAUAUAGAGAGUUAUGAGAAGAGCUACAAAAUUUUGCUUGGGGAUAUGAUGAUGCAUGACCUAGCUCUGAAAGGAAAUUUUGGAGGCAUUGAGCUGCUGAUAUUCCCAUCUAACCAGCUUCCUGAGAAAUUCCACCGGUGGAAUAUGAUGUUUUUCCUGUGGGGUGUGUUCAAAGGGAAUAAGGAAAACUGUUUACAUGCUCUUGGUGCUGAGAAAUUAUUGACUCAAGAUAUCUCCAGGAUCAUCCUGCCUUUACCUGAAAAUACUGCUUUGGUGAGAGAGGAGGAAGAUAUUGCUUCCGACUGUAGAGCGGAUGCACAACACAUUUCCGCUCCUACUGACGAGAGAGUUAGGAAUCCUACUAUGAGUGGUCAGCUCUCAGUCCAAUGUGCUGCUACCAAACCCUAUAGACACCAGCCAUUGCAUUGUUUUCGUGAAGUUCCAGCUGCUGUGCAGGAUGUAGCUUCUGUCAGGAGCUCAUUGAUGAAAUGUAGUGAUGAAGAUGAUGUGCAUCUUGGUGAUAUGCCUUUGGCUGAUGGAUCUACUAAUGAAGAAGCUGCUUUGGUGAGAGAGAUGAUGCCAUCACACUCAAACAUGAAUUUGAUCAAUAGGCGUGCAGAUUCCGUGGAGACUGUGUUGCAAUCUGCCGCCCCUGGAACAACCCACGGACUUCCAAAUUACAGUCACGACAGCUUGGUUUCAGUCCAUCACAACAGAAAAGGGAAGUCUUUAAUUGAUGAAUUCAGUGGACAUAAUGACCAAGCAAGCCACUCGAGUUAUGGAUUCCUGUCGGGCCUCCAUCGUGCAGCUUCCGUGCCUUCUCCACAAGAGAAAGCUCACCAUGAAGCUUCGAGUGAGAUGAGCAUCUUGGGACGCUCAGGGCGUGCAGAGACAUUCUUCUUCCCUGUUGCUCCACUUCCUGCUGAUGAGAUUGGGUUUGAUGGCAGCAUGAUGCAGCGGAAAGUGCAUCCUUUGGAGGAAGAUCUACUCCACGACAAGGCACCUAAUCUCGAGCUUGCUUUAGUGACUGAAGCAAAAUCCAUCACCCCAUCACCCCCGCUGUUCUUAGGUGGAAAUGUAGGCAAGAAACACGAACUGCCUACAGAUGAUGCAGCAACAAGUGUGAUGGAGGAGGAAGUUUCUACCUCCCUUUCUCUCUCUCUUUCAUUUCCUUACCCUGACAAGGAGCAGGGUAGUUCUUCAAAGACUGAGCCCGGAAGAAGACAUGUAAAUACAACGCUUUUCCUUUUUUAGGGCGUUAGAGAGAAGUAGGGGGGUAGGGGGCAAGGGGCAAGGUGCCAUUCUGCAUGGAUUUUGUUAGUUUCAUGAAAUGUUUGUAAUUUGCAGGAUCUACAACUUUUGUUAGAAUGUUAGCUGUUUCUGCUCUCUUUCUCCCAUACUUCAGAUUGCACAGACAAAUUUGUUAUUGUUAGUAUAUACACAUAAGAUUACUAGCACUCUAUAGCAGUAAGAAUAUAGAUAAUGCCUCCUCA